AUGACGGUCCCGAAUCUCCCUUGCUUAAACUGUCGCAAACGGCAUCUCAAAUGCGACAAAGCAAAACCAAAAUGCAGCCGCUGCGAAGCCCGCGUUCUAGAAUGCAUCGCCGUCGAACGAAGAGCCGUGUUCCGGCGCGGGGCGAAGUGCGUUCCCGGGGUUGGGGAGUGGACUCUUGGGAGCCAGACGUGGGUGCACAGCGCGCCGAGGAAGUGGAGGAGGACGAAGACCACCUUGAGCUUAGCCGAGUCUACGGAUCAUACGCGGCCUGGUCGGCAUGCCGAUAGCCUGGAUCCUCGGGAGCAGGAAGUGAAAGCUUCUGGGCAGGGCCCAAAGCUGCAGGUAAUACAGCUGCAUGUUCAAGCCGCGCUCGAGUCACAGUCGGUCAUUCAUACCUCGGGCAUUGGAGGUGCCGGAAAACCUCCGGAUGUCUGCAUGGCUAUGGCACCGUCCAAUCCGAUAGAUGUUCUUGUUUCGGCGGCCGCAGGCCUGCAGGGCCGGUCUCCUCCUUCCACUACAGCAUUGGAAGGAAGAAACGAUGGAGCGAGUUGUGAAAGUCUGCAGACAGUGAGCGAUACCAGUCGACGCGCACGUCCGAUAUGUGAAGGGGGCAUCAAGCCGUUGGAGAAGGUCGAAGAUUCAUGUCUCCACCUACACUUUAUCGACGAUAGGGAGAGCAGCAAGAGCCAUGGUUGUGCCUGA